AUUAUCACAUCGCGCGCAAGUCAUACUUAUCGAAGGACGUCGCAUCAAUAAUAUAAAAUAAAAUCACGAUUUCGGAAUAAAAUUAAAAUAUUCUGUUCUCUGUGAACUUAAAAUAGUAUGUGAUUGUGUUCAUUUUGAUUUGGGAACGUUAAAAACAGGAAUCAAACGAUGUCUAAACCAGAAUUUCGAGUGUUGCCCGUGGAGGACGGAGAUACGGAAGAAAUCAUGAAAUUACUUCAAAUAACAUUUUUCGUUGACGAACCAAUGAACCAAGCCAUAGGACUGUGCAACGACGGCCCAUGUGCUGAAUUGGACGACUACUGCAGACAAUGCUUACCUGAGGGUCUGUCCUUCAAAGCAGUCGACAAAGAUGGCAAAGUCGUUGGAGUUAUGAUCAACGGCAAAUGUCCUUUAGAAGAGGCUAAAGAUGGCAGCGACUACCUGAGCCUCGCACAAAAGUGUCAAAACCCAAAGUUUGUGAAGAUCCUAUACGUUCUAGCAAAACGGGAUGAUGGAUGCAGACUCUGGGAGAAGUAUCCUGAAGACGAGUAUUUAGUAGACGUUAAGGUAGCAGCCACACACCCUGAGUGGAGAAAACGAGGGAUCAUGAAUGCAUUAUUGGAGGAAACCGAGAAGACGACACAAGAGCGGGGCAUCAGACUUCUCCGUAUGGAUACAUCAAGUGCGUACUCAGCCAUGUCUGCAGAGCGACUGGGCUUCACCUGCGUGUAUUCAGCUAGAUACGUCGACAUCAAGCUAGACGGACGACCCUUAAUAGUCCCCGAACCACCGCACGUCGACGACAGAGUGUAUAUCAAGACUUUGUUCGACAGAAAAUGAGCUUUAUUCCUUAGGUGAUAAGAACUAUUUAAAAGUUACGGUGAUAAGGUGUUUAAUUUAAAUUCUGUUAGAAUUUGAGGAGUUUCUUUAAUAUGCCCUCAAUAUUUGAAUAUACGAAUGUUAUUGUUUUGAUUA